GCCAGGAUCCUUGAGCUGGAGCAGCUGCAGGCAAAGCUGCAGCAGGAGGUGCAGGAGGCCAGGCAAAGACUUCUCCAGCAUGAGGCCGACCUGACGGAGCUAGAGCUCCAACAGGAUGAGCCCGUGGCCAGGGCGCUGGUGCCGAUGGAGAAGGCAGCGCCCGUCGCCCCUGGCGCUCCAGCCAUUACCACGCUCGUGAUCCGCAACCUUCCAAUGGCUGUGACGCAGGGCGACCUUCUGGUCCUCAUGAACCGGUCUGGCUUCGCGAACCGCUAUGACUUCGCCUACGCACCAACGGACUUUCACGCUCGGACUACGAAGGGUCACGCGUUUGUGAACUUUAUCACCCCGAGUGACGCCCUCGAGUUCAUCGCCGAGUGGAACGGGUCGCGGCUGGCCAUGGCUGGACCCGCCGCGCCCGUCCUCGAGGUCAUGGCGGCACAGUUGCAGGGCUACGAGGAGAACGCCAGGAGGUGGAGUGCGAGGCGGCUGCGUCGCACGAAGAACCCUGAGCUCCACCCUUUCUUCGCCCAGAGGUGA